UAUAUAAUCUACGCGGAAGCUAACAAAAUUAUUCCUGCUCUCCUUACAUCAUGGUGAUGAAAGUAGGUGUCCUGUUUGGUGCAGUCAUUUACUGCGCACUUGCUGCAAAAUGUGGUCACAGAGGGUACAGUAAUCACACUCCACGCGUCAUUGGUGGAACGGAUGCUUUGCCUCACGAGUUUCCUUGGCAAGUGUCUCUAGGCCCUAGGUUGCCGACACUUCGUGGGGCGGUGCGCGGAUGUGGGGCGUCUGUUAUAAAUGAGAACUGGAUCCUGACAGCUGCACAUUGCUGUGUCUAUAUCCAUCCACCCUUUGAAUUCGUGGCACUGUUUGGGAAGCGAAACCUGGGACAGUUCGAGGAAACACAAGAAGAGAGGUAUUCUGAGAAGAUUAUUAUGCAUAAAAAAUUUGCAUCAAUCGACGACGGCGCAGCAUUGGAGUAUGACUAUUGUCUGGUCCGAUUAUCUGAACCGGUGAAUUUCACGGAGUACAUCGGGCCCGUGUGUCUACCAGAACCCGAAGAAGAUUACACCCACAUGACAUGCACAGCAACCGGUUGGGGUCGUACGGCGAACGAUGGAACCACUCCUGACAUUCUACAAAAAGUUGACCUACCCAUUUGGACUAACGACGAGUGCGCGCUAGCGUACGCAGAAUAUGGGCGCAAUAUAACUGAUGACAUGCUCUGUGCUGGUUAUAAAGAAGGCGGGAAGGGCGUAUGUUAUGGUGACUCUGGAGGUCCAAUCGUGUGCGAAAGAGAAGACGGAUCUUGGGUUCAAGUUGGAAUAUCCUCGUGGGUAGGCGGCAAAAGUAGUCUAUGCGCUUUGCCCAAUGAGCCAUCUGUAUUUGCGCGCGUAAAUUAUGUUCUGGAUUGGAUUCAUUCUACGAUCCGUGAGAACACCCCGUGAAGGAACACGUCUGUCCAGCAACUUGCUCUAUGUCUGCAUUAAAAAGAAAUUCUGUCA